CCAAAAUGGCUUCUCGAGUGAUGUUUUCGCGUGUAAAGUUUCUAGGUUAUGUCGCUUUUAGUGAACUGAAUUUUGUUCGUUCGCCCAUGCUUUUCGGCCGUCAAUGCAUGAUAAACGCCAGUUACGCGACUUAUUCACAGAAAUGGAAAAGAAAUGACGAUCCAAUGGAAAGAACUGUAUCAACACGUUUGAUACAAAAUGCACUUGGUUUUAGAAGAUUCACUUUGCAACAUUGGCAUGGUAUAACAGCAUCCAAACUCACAGUGGACAAUGCCAAGGAUAAUGAUGAAAACAUUGGAUGCCCAAUCUGCAGAAGAAACAUAACCUUUACUUAUAAAGAUGUAUUGUUCUUAUCACAGUUUAUGUCUCCAAAAGGUUAUAUCCUUAAUCGGAGAGUGACCGGUGUUUGCAAGAAGCAGCAGAGGAAAUUAGAGAAGGCUAUCAGAAUAUCACAGAGACUAGGGGUUCUUCCUAAACUGUCACCAAUACUGAUAAGAGAAAUGGAAAGCCAGAAGCAGAGUCAGAAAUAAAGUCGGUUACAAACUAGAGUUGCUGGUCACUUUGUGAUCAACAUCCAGCCGAAUAUGAUGUCUUUAGAUUUCAAACACUGAAAGUUGGAUCAUGUUUUUCACAAUUUUUAGGCCCAGUCUCACACUAGUGGUAAAACAAGAGAAGAUAAGUCCUCAGAAAGAACUGUUGCCCAAUAUAUUUUGGCAGAAUGGAAGGCUAGCAUAAUAGUAUGUUUGUUCUAGGUCUAUUAAAUGACAACUCACUCUAUUAGCAGUGAUUUUAUCACUCUUCAAGAACAAUGGAAACGGAAUAGUAUGGUUGUUUGGUAUGUCAUUCAAAUGGCAGCAAACUCAUUAUUAUUUCUGCACUGGUUGUGCAUGACUAAAAUAAGUGACAAGCUUUAAAUAAAUAUAAUAACACAACAUUAAAAGACACUUUUCUUUCUAUGCA